AUGUCGCACAUCGUUCCCGAAUCGAUCAAGCAGGCAGUCAUGGGCGGCCACGGAGGAUCCCAGGCCAAGGCCACGCAGCUUGCUGCCAACACGGUCGAGCCAACCAAAGAUACCAGAAUCACUUCGGACUGGGGCACCAAGCAGAACAACACCGACGACUGGCUCAAGGUCACCAACGAGGACCACACCGGGCCUAUGCUGUUGGAGGAUGGCUUUGGCAGGGAGAAGAUUCACCGCUUUGAUCACGAGCGUAUCCCCGAGCGUGUCGUGCACGCCCGUGGCGCCGGCGCCUUUGGCACCUUCAGGCUGCACGAAUCGAUUCCCGAGCUCUCGAGCGCCGGUGUCCUGAAUGACACAUCCCGCGAGACCCCCGUCUUCCUGCGUUUCUCUACUGUCCUUGGUAGCCGCGGGUCUGCCGACACCGUUCGCGAUGUCCGUGGCUUUGCGCUCAAGAUGUACACAGACGAGGGUAACUGGGACAUUGUGGGCAACAACAUUCCCGUUUUCUUCAUUCAAGAUGCCAUGAAGUUCCCCGACGUCAUCCACGCCGGCAAGCCUGAACCUCACAAUGAGGUGCCUCAAGCCCAGUCAGCACACAACAACUUCUGGGACUUUAUGUACAUGCACUCCGAGGCCACACACAUGUACAUGUGGGCCAUGUCUGACCGUACCAUCCCUCGGUCGUACCGCAUGAUGCAGGGCUUUGGUGUCAACACCUACACGCUUACCAACGAUAAGGGCGAGCGCCACUUUGUCAAGUUCCACUUCACCCCCGAGCUUGGUGUUCACUCCCUUGUCUGGGACGAGGCCCUAAAGUUGGCUGGUCAGGACCCUGACUUCCACAGAAAGGAUCUUUAUGAGGCCAUCGAAAGCGGCUGCUUCCCCAAGUGGAAGUUUGGCGUCCAGGUUCUGCCCGAGUCGCGCGAGCAUGAGUUCGACUUUGACAUCCUGGACGCUACCAAGGUGUGGCCCGAGGACUUGGUCCCUGUCCGCUACAUCGGUGAGCUCGAGCUCAACCGCAACGUCGACGAGUACUUCACGCAGACCGAGCAAGUUGCCUUCUGCACGGGCCACGUGGUUCCCGGCAUUGGGUUCUCUGACGACCCUCUCCUGCAAGGCCGCAACUUUUCUUACUUCGACACACAGCUCAGCCGCCUGGGAAUCAACUGGCAGGAGCUGCCUAUCAACAAGCCUGUCUGCCCUGUCAUGAACUUCAACCGUGACGGAGCGAUGCGCCACACCAUCUCCAAGGGCAAGGUCAACUACUGGCCCAACCGCUUCGAGGCCCAGCCCCCAGCGUCCGUUGCCGAGGGUGCUUACAUCGACUAUCCUGCCAAGAUCGAGGGCAUGAAGCAGCGCACUCGCUCUGCCAAGUUCAAGGAACACAUUUCUCAGGCCCAGCUCUUCUACAACUCUCUGUCUGAGAUUGAAAAGUCCCACGUCCUGGCCGCUUUCGGCUUCGAGCUGGACCAUUGCGACGAGGCUGUCGUCUACGAGCGCCUCAGUGGCCGCCUCGCCGACAUCGAUCUCGGCCUGGCGCAGUCUGUCAGCGAGAUGGUGGGUGGGCCCAAGAUUGAGAAGUCCAACAGGCCCAACCACGGUCGCAAGGCUCCUGGUCUCAGUCAGAUGGACUUCCUGCCCAAGAAGCCCACCAUUGCCUCUCGCCGUAUCGCCAUCCUGAUCGCCGAUGGCUACGACCCCAUUGCCUUCAGCGCCUUUGUUGGCGGCAUCAAGGGUGCCGGCGCCCUGCCCUUCGUUAUCGGUGCCCGCCGUGCUCCCGUCUACGCCGCUGGCGAGGAUGCCUCCAACAGCAAGGGCGUGACACCUGACCACCACUUUGAGGGCCAGCGCUCGACCAUGUUCGACGCCAUUCUCAUCCCCGGCGGUGAGAAGUCUAUCAAGACCCUCUCCUCCAUGGGCCGUGCCCUGCACUAUGUUCGUGAGGCCUUUGGCCACUUGAAGACCAUUGGUGCUACGGGCGAGGCCAUCGACCUCGUCAACAAGGCUAUUCAGCUGGACGAUAUCCAGCUGUCGAGCAGCCACACCCUCGAGAGCUAUGGCGUUGUCACCCUGCGCGACGUCAAGCCUGAGGGUCUGGGUGAUGUCCUCAACGUUGCGAAGGAUGCCAAGGGCUUCCUGGAGAAGUUUGUCUACAACGUCAGUCAGCACAGGUGUUGGCAGCGCGAGCUGGAUGGUCUGUCGACCCAGGUUGCGUACUAAACACUGAGAGGGUUUUGCUCAACGCGAAGGUGUUCUUCGUAGUAUAUAAUUAAAUCAUAAUAUGUACCUAACGUCCUUUUCCGCCCAAUGUCCUGAAAUA